AUGUCUUCCCAAUACCAGCACUUCAUCCCCCAAUUCAUUUUGCGCAAGUUCUCAAAUUUCGAAACACUUGUUGCCGAGGGCCUACAGAGAACGAAAGCGCGAAAGUAUUGCAAAGUGUCAUUCCUAAAUUUGGAAGAUGGCAAACUUGAAAGUCGCAAGGCGGCGAGGACAUUUGGUAGGAACAAUAUGUACCUCGAUCCUUCUAUCUUCCCAGCUUCGUCGGUUGCAGAAUGCAUGGUGGAGAAAGAGCUCUGCACACUUGAAGAGCGAGCAGCCAAGAUUCUACAAAAAAUUGAGACUGCAUAUCACUGCGGGGAUAGUCAAUUUUCGCUCAGGAGGCAUGAAAAGGACGAAUUACGGAGAUUUCUCUUCAUUAUGCUUUACCGCAACCGUUCAUUUGAGCGACGCUUUGAGAAAUCCAAGAAGGACUACGACGCCGAUGACAGAUAUAACAUGUUGAUCUACAUGCAGGAAAGAGGGAUUGAAGAUCCGAAAACCGUCUGGCUCAACAAUCUGCUGGCCUUUCUCAGUGUCCCACUGGGAACCAAGGAAGGGUGGAAGAGAGAGAUUAUUGAGAAAGCAUAUCCUCCAGAUGCCGCGUGGUUCAUUAUGCAUUUGGAAUCGACCUUUUUAUCUUUCUGCUGCCCAGCUAAUCUGCCUUACUCUGAUAAUGAGUUCAUGCUUACGCAGAACGCAUACAGUAUUUUUGAAGGGCCGAAUGAUGAGACCCAAUGGACGGACUGGCAUGUUUUUGCACCAAUCAGCCCAAAUCUCAUGAUCAUAAUGCGCAAGAACGUGCUUCAGAGAUGGGAUGAUCCAGAUAAAGAAAGAAUGAGAUUGGAGCAGCUGGAAGUGAUAAAGUCUGAGAUUGGUCUCGAUCGGAUCAAGCCACAGAGGCUCUCGAAUUUGAUAGAUCUACCUCUUGAACGACCUCAAGUCAGAUACUUUGGGUCACCAGUCGAGGGUGAGCCGGUAUCACAGUUCUGCAAAGAUGACGAAUUCAACUUCAAAUUUAUCCGCGUAAGCACCGAGCAUCUGCAACUACUGAAUACGAUAUUCUUUGAAGAAGCUAUCACCACGUCGGGCAUUGUUUUCAACGACCGCCAGAAGUUCAAGCACAUGCUUGAACAUUAUCUCGCUGCUGAUCCUCUGGAAUUCAAACAAACUUACUCCAACGACCAGUUGUUGAAAUGUCAUUCGCCUCUUCCCUCUCCUUGGCUUGGACUGGACGCUUGGAGAAAAGCAAACGUUCCGGCCUACCUGAAACUCCUCGAAGCUGCUGCAGCCGAGUUAGGCAGUGACGUUAGGGCCCAGUACUUUGAUUGGAAUUUCUUCAAGUGCUUUGAUGGGAUAUCUUCCGAGUUUAUACGCCGGUAUUCGAGAUUAGGUGGCGAUGGUUGUACCAUCCUCUACGACCUGUCUCAAGCAAACUCUAUCACCAACCUAGUCACCAGGGUCGACAGACUCAUUCAAAGCCAGCCUCAAAGCUUCAAAGCCCACGUCCGUCAAGAACGUGCGAAAUUGCUCACGCAAUUACCCGCAAGGAGACUAUGGCUUCACAUGAGACAAUUACGGACGAGAAUUAGGAGUAAAUCGAUAAACAAGCCAGAGGAUGAACUGGAAGAGUGUACAACGAGUAAAGCUGAUGGCUUAGAGGAUGCGAUGAUUGACGGUACGCACAGUAAUUCUUAUGAUGGUUCGAACCCAUUCAAAGAUCUCGUAACUGAUUCGUCGUUUCUCAAGCAUAUCACGUAUUCAACCCUGCUCGGUUCGCAGAAAUAA